AUGGAGGAAGAUCAAGUGCAAGAUGUGCUUAUGCGCGAGUUUUACGUCAUACCAAGAGCACUACUACCGGUAGCAGCUGGUGUAUACCGUAGAAACCCCACCAUUCCUGUAACUCAAUCGAUCGAGGCUGCGCUGGAGUGGAUGAACUCUUGCCUAGACAAGCACGAGCGAUGUCAGAAGCAUACUCCACCACAUACCUAUCCUACACGGCUCCUUGAGCUCGGAGGUCAUAGCUUCCGCUUGAUCCUCUCACAAGACGAAAAACCUUCAGGCCCAUAUGCUGCUUUGAGCUACUGUUGGGGACCAAACCCCAAUUUUCUUCGCCUGACAGCCAACAACCUACCGGAAUUUCAGGACGGACAACCUUAUACCAGUCUUCCCAUCGCUUUCCAAGAGGCUAUACACAUCAUAGGAAAACUUGGUAUCCAAUACCUCUGGAUCGACGCCCUUUGCAUUAUACAGUCUGGGUUUGGUAGUAGCGAGGAUUGGCAAUUUGAGUGUGGACGGAUGCAGGAAGUAUAUUCGAACUGCAUCAUCAAUCUAUCCCUGGCACAAGCAGCUCAUCCCAACGAGAGCUGCCUUGGAGGUUAUAAUCUCGACUCCACGCUGCCAUUCGAAGUUGAUGUCAGUAAGACGCAUCAUGUGGGCUCCACGGAGAUUGGUAAAUACACCGUAGUAUCUCAAGAUUACUUCACAGAAGCACUUAACGAUCAGCCUAUUGGCAGCCGCGCGUGGGUCAUGCAAGAACGCUUGCUGGCUACUCGUGUCUUGAGCAUUGGUCAUGGAGAGCUCUUCUGGGACUGUGAACAGGUUCCGCAUGCAAGCAAAUCUCUUCCACACGGUUUUACACACUGCUCCGACCAGGCGAAGUUCUUCAGAAAUCAACUUGUUCUCCCAAUACCAUCUCUUCCGCGCAUUAAGGAUAGCGAAGAUAUGCAAGGCAACAGGUCAACACCAGAUAGCACGGAUUUGGAAGAGAUCUGGGCCAAAAUCAUAAUGGAAUACAGUGCACGUGAGCUCACGUACCCCCAAACUGAUAAAUUGGUGGCGCUUUCAGCUAUCUCAAGACGCAUGGGCUAUGCCAUGGACGACACGUACCUAGCCGGUCACUUCCGCAAAACAUUGCCCCUCAGCCUAAAUUGGUUCACAGACAGACGAGGUUCGCCCAUGUCACUUGCUAAAGACAGAGUACCGAGAAGACUGCCCAAGUCCUCGAAUCCGAUAUGCGACGGCAACUGGAACAAAAAUCCGAGCUGGAACUUGUUCAUUACUCCGAGCUGGAGUUGGGCAUCGGUGGAUGGCCGAUUGGAGACGGGGUGGACUUAUGGAAACGAUAUGACGUCGUUAGCAGCCAUGGAAAUGUAUGAGUUCUCUCCAGUAGGCCGAACAGGUCAGGAAGAACGAUUGGAGAACGAACUUCUCUUGACCAUCCGGACCUGGUGUCGGAUCAUCGAAUCGAGUAAUUUUCGCCGAGCUGUCAGGAUCGAGCUAGGAUUCGUGACAGAUGGACUACACGACUUAUAUUUCAAUAUGGACGACAUGGACGAUAUACCAGAUGAUGGAAGCCAAUGCGUGCUUGCCGCACUGAGUUACAGUGUUGAUGGUGAAUUCCAAUCGUUGCAAGGUCUACUUUUAAAAGAGAUUGGCUUCGAUGGUGAGAAAAUAUAUGAAAGAAAGGGCCAUUUUGUAUGGUGUUUCGAUGAAACAGAUGAAGACGUCGAGGGAAACGUCUGGGAAGAUUUGGAGACAUACUUUCCUCAGGGACAGUGUUCGAUUACCAUUCGUUGA